GGAUGGACAAUAGGAUAACAUGCCGGGGAUGGACACAUAGGAUAAACAUGCUGGGGAUGGACACAUAGGAUAACGCUCUGGGAUGGACACAUAGGAUAACAUGCUGGAUGGACACAUAGGAUAACAUGCCGACUGGGAUGGACACAUAGGAUAACAUGCUGGGAUGGACACAUAGGAUACACAUGCCGGGAUGGACACAUAGGAUAACAUGCCGGGGAUGGACACAUAGGAUAACAUGCCGGGGAUGGACACAUAGGAUAACAUGCCGGGGAUGGACACAUAGGAUAACAUGCCGGGGAUGGACACAUAGGAUAACAUGCCGGGGAUGGACACAUAGGAUAACAUGCCGGGGAUGGACACAUAGGAUAACAUGCCGGGGAUGGACACAUAGGAUGACAUGCCGGGGAUGGACACAUAGGAUAACAUGCCGGGGAUGGACACAUAGGAUGAACAUGCCGGGGAUGGGAUGACACAUAGGAUAACAUGCCGGGGAUGGACACAUAGGAUAACAUGCCGGGGAUG